GAGACAUCAUACAGAACCUUGCCUUUUUGAAUGUAAAAUGAGUUCCAGAUCGAUCUUGCUGAAGAAUGGUGUUGCGCUUCUUCGCGACGGCAAUGGUCGCAUUGUCCCCACGCGCACGUCUGUACUCGUUGAGAACGACAGAAUCGCGAAGAUUGCGAAGGACAUUGACGUCGGACAAGAUGCAGAUAUUAUCGAUUGUACCGACAAGAUCAUUUCGCCUGGUUUCGUAGACACGCAUCACCACGCAUGGCAGACACAGCUGAAGGGUCGGCAUGCGAAUGAACUGCUCCUCCAGUACAUGAUCUCUGGAAAUGCACAGUCUUUUCAGUACAACGAGAAAGACAUCUUUUACGGUCAACUCGCUGGACUGCUCGAAGCGCUGGCGGCGGGCACCACAACGAUCCUGGACCACGCACAUCUUACCUAUUCGCCCGCGCACGCUCGAAAUGCCAUCUCUGCGACAGUAUCCUCCGGCAUGCGAUUAGUGUAUGCCUACGUACCCAUCACUCGGCUCAAAUCAUUCAACCCCCUUACUUACGUCGAGAAUUCUCUCGAAGCUUGGGUCAUGGACACCUUCGAGCAACUCGCUAGCGAGGGGCCCUGGGGAAACGGAAGAGUGACUUUGGGAUUUGGUUUUGAUUCUUGGUUUUUGCCAAGGGAAGUCAUCGCGGACAUCUUUGGUAAGGUGAAGAAGGCGGCUGUCAAGACUGUGACGGUGCACUGGGCCAGCUCUCCCCAGAUCGGCGGCGGAGGGCCGGAAAGUAUCGUCAAGAUAUUGAAGAAACACGAUCUCCUCGACGAACGAGUAGUCCUGUCUCACGCGAAUGGUUGCACGAAAGAAGAUGCGGAUCUGAUUAGAGGCGCUGGUGCAUAUGUGAGCUCAACACCGAGUACUGAACUCCAAAUGGCUAUGGGGAGAGCAGUAUGUUUCGACGGUGCUUUCGUGGACGGUGGGCUGGUCGGAGACGAGGUUGGCUUGCAAGAUGUUGCGAGCCUGGGAAUUGAUUGCCAUUCGAACAAUGCUGGAUCUAUCAUUUCCGAAGCUCGACUGGGGCUGCAGAGUUCGAGAAAUUAUUUCAAUGAUUACUACAGACGCCAGGGAAAGACACCACACAACCUGCCGGAGAAUUUGUCCGUCGAAGCCGCCUUCAAUCUUGCCACCGUAGAAGGAGCAAAGGCAUUGCAUUUGGAGAAAGAGAUAGGCAGCAUUGCGGAAGGUUACAAAGCUGACCUUGUCCUCUUCGACGCAAUGAGCCCGAGCAUGGUGGGAGCAGCGCAGCACGAUCCGGUCGCUGCGAUAAUCCUACACUCCAGUCCAGCUGAUAUCGACACGGUAAUUGUCGAUGGUAUUAUCAGAAAGAGAGGAGGGAGGCUUCUAGAUGUCGCUGUCGAUGAAUUUGCGCGUGGCACGGUCGGGCAGGAGAGUCUGACAUGGAGCGAAGUGGCACACGAAGUCGUGAAAAGUCGCGCCAGGAUUCAGAGCGAAAUUGAGAAGAUAGACUUUGAUGAGGGACUGCGUAGUAUGAAGGGUGUGUUCUAUAUCGACGAAAACGUAUUCGUGGAAUAACUGCACAAGAUUCGACGGAGAAUUAGGAACAUUUCUGGCCGAGUAAGCACACAUCAACCGCGCAAUGAAGUUUUUCACUGAUAGCGAAUGGCGAAUAUGUCCCCUAAUAUGAUGGAAGUUUCUUGGCCUCAGUAAACCAAGUCAAUCUUUAUCAGUUUAUCACGGGUAUGGUUCCUAUUUAGAGUUCGUCAGCUCGAAGGAUCCCAAUCCCAGGGUCUCAUCACUCAGAUUUAUACGAGGUACCAACAAUACGAGACAGUCAACUCAUUGCGGCUCUGAACC